AUGGUAAAGAAUUUAUAAUUUUACGACGUCUUUUACAGGCCAUUGAGGACACGGGAAACCCUCCUGCAUCUGCAUCAUGCUCAACAGAUAGUGAGUCGGAAUAUUCGGAAAUUCGGCGGCGAAUCGUUGUGGCAAGUUGAUUAAUUCAAUGAAUAAUAGUUACGUUUGUUUUUAGAACAAAGAUGAGGAUUGUAAGAAGUUGGGAAUCGAUCCACCAUUAUUCAUUUGUGCUCCAAUGGUGCGUUACUCAAAGUAAGUUAGAACAACAACAAUAUUGUUACAAUUUACAAAGCUAUUGCUUUUUUUUGCAGGCUACACUUUCGGAGGUUGGUUUCGCUAUAUGGAUGUGAGUUGGCAUAUACCCCGAUGAUUUAUGCUCAUUGUUUUGUGGCCUCAGAGAAAUGUCGAGCCAACGAAUUCACGACAGACGAAGGGGACUGGCCUAUUGUCCAAUUCGCGGCCAAUAAACCUGAAGACUUCGCCAGGGCGGCCGAGUUAGUGUACGGGUAUGUUUUCAGUCUGUAUCCUACCUUCAUGUUUAGAGAUGUAAAAGGAAUUGACCUGAAUUGUGGAUGUCCAAAAAGUGAUGUUCGAAGUGAAGGGUUUGGUUCAAAGAUGUUAGAAAACCCGGAAUUAAUAUCGGAUAUAGUUAAACAGACGAGAAACAGAAUAUCUGACCCUGACUUCACCAUCUCAGUAAAAAUACGCAUUCGUCAUCCAUUAAGUGAAACUGUGGAUAUGUGUAGAAAAGUGAGGAUCAAUGAUAUUGGAUACUGAAAUUUUUAGUUUGAGUCAGCUGGGGUUUCCCAUAUAGCAGUACACGGAAGAACAGUUUCGCAACGUGCAGAAAGUCCGGAUUUUGAAGCUAUCGGUCACGUAAAGGCAUCUGUUCAAGUUCCCGUUUACGCGAAUGGAGGAUGCACAAGUUAUCGACAAGCUCUGGAGAUAGCGUCGAUAACUGGCGCUGAUGGUUUGUUUCUAUUAUCGUUAAUUUAUUCUUUGUUUAGGUAUAAUGGUAGGAGAGGGACUUCUCUCGAAUCCGGCAUUAUUUGGAGGCCAUCAAAAAACACCAGUCGAUUGUAUCAAGGAUUGGGUGAGAUUAUAUGUUUUUAUUCAUGAUUAAUUUAGUUUUCGAUCGCAACGGAUAUGGAUGUUCACUACACAUUAUUGCACAGACAUACUGCCUUCAUGUCUAAUUCGUUGUUCACGAAAAGCCAAAGAAUGGAACUUCAGAAGCAAAAUUCGGUCACAGACGUCAUCAACUUUGUUAGAGAACAACUCUCGGGGUUCUAG